GUUUCUGGUCUAAGAUUCUCAAUGUAGAAACGGCGGUUUUCCCCAUUGAAAAGAAGGAAACCAACAAACAAACAAACAAACAAACAAGCAAGGGGACCAUUGAGCAAGGGCUGAUGAUUCGAGUCUUAAUCCAACCUUAGUUGCCAAACCUCUCUUCUUCCACCUUCCCAACUGUUUUGUCAACUUGACGUCUCCUUAAACCCCCGACGUCGACUCUCAGGAUUUCACCUCGUUGAGGCGCAGCCACGGACUCUUCCCACCCCUGUCGCUGUCGGCUUUGUUACGGGACGAGUCAGGACGAGUCGCAGAAAACCUUUGUGAGAAGAAGCUUCUUAUUCAGCGCGGGGGAGCCGGAUGCCGAUGCGCCGAUAACACGAGGGCAUCGAAACAGCGGAGGCUAUUCCGCCCAACGUCGCGUGCGAUCCAUUUGAGCGGUGGGAUCGAGAGGAAAGAAACACGGCAAAGAUACUGACACACUGACACCGACUUCGACAUCAACAAACGGCAGCGACAGCGACGAAUAGGGACGGCGACGACGUCUCACCCAUGCCCGGCCUACGGUGACGAUAAUGAGCGCGUCCGAGUCGUAUCAGCUCGAGUCGCUCCCCUCCGAAGCGGACGGCGUCAAACCGCCCUCGCCGACGGCCUCCAUCGACCCGGCCAAUGUGAGGUGGAUGAACCAGGGCGGCCGGCGAUGGGAGGUCGGCAAGAUCGUCUCGCGCAUCGUCUCGACGCUGCUGUGCGCCAUUAUGCUCAUCAUCUGUAUGGCGUGGUAUGCGCAUCCCGAGUUUGACGUGUACGAUGUUUGGCCGUGGCUGAGUCUCCCGGGUGCCAUAAUGUGCUUCAUGUGGGAUUUGGGCGAGUUCCUCUCCGUCUGCGCCCGGCACGGCCGCGGCAUCACGCCCAAAGCGCACAUCGGUGUCGAAGUGAUACUGUCCAUCGUAGCCUACAUAGGCGGGGGCUGGCUGGCCUUGCAGUUGGGAAUUUUGCAACAGGACCAGCUUGACGAUCUGCCUAUCCGCUACGCCCUUGCCAUAUGCGUCUUCAUACUUAUCACCGCAACGAUCCAUCUAGUCCUAUUCAUCCGCGCCUGUAUCGAGCGCAGCCGCGAGAUCCGUCGGCGCAGACCGCGCGUCAUGUACAUCCCCGAGACGGGACAGACGAUCUACGUCGUCGCCAAACCAUUUCCCAAGCUGCCGACGUGGAAGUCACAGCAGCAGCAGCCUGCAACCCGCGCCGGGUCGUUCCCGCGGUCGCCGCAAAGCCCCGUUGGUAGCAGCAACAGCAACAGCAACAGCAACAGCAUCAGCAGCCCGCUGCACCGCCACUUUCAGCAGCUGCAGCUCGAGAUCCCGCCGCCACUGCCCGAACGUUGGCCGAGUGAGCUGUCCCCCUCGAUGUCGUCGAUCAAGAGGAAGCCGGUGCGCGGGAUACCGCGAAACAUACCGGCGGGUGACCGCGAGCGGCUGCUCCGGCCGAACAUGCGGCCGCCGCCGGAGGACUACGAGCCGUCGCCGGAGGAGCUGGAGAGGAGGAGGCGGGGCGACGCGCAGCCGCAGCUGAUCAUGCCGGGGGACGUGGACAUCAAGUUCGCGACAAGCGCCACGGGCAUGACGCCGGCGGACUCGAGCGCGCGUGAGGGCAAGUAUCGCGUCGACGCCUCGCAGAUGUCGGGGAUGGCGCCGAUGGGAGAGGCGUCGGCAACAGGGAACGGCAGGGGCAGGCGGCAGUCAAUGUGAUCCGACUGCGUUACAUCAUGUAUAGAUUCAUUCUGCGCGCAUAGCUGGAACUACUUGUUGACAGGCUUGUCGACACGGCGUUUGGGGGGGGGAGUCUGUCACUUGGAUACAUAUUGGGCUUGCCAAAGUGCAUAUACGGCAGUUCUGUUUACACUGACUGCUGCAUCCAUACCGAAAUUACGUUGUAAACAAACACCUACACACACACACACACACAUACGCCCCCGUUCAUCACCUACCCGUAGAUCCCAAAACCCC